UCUGUGUAUUUUAAGGAGCCAUCUGUGAACAGGAUGGUGGGGUGGAAAAUGCUGGGGGUCUGUAGAGGAACAAAGGACAUCUGGGACAUCUUGUGCAAAAUUUGUUGUAGUGAAAGAAACAGUUUUCUUAUCUAAAAGUAAUACUCCUGCUUAGUCAGUACCCUCUCUGUCAAACUACAAAGGCUUUUACACUUUUUUCCCACCAAAAAGUAGUAAGAUGAAGAUAAAUUGAGUAGCCUCAAUGCUAUUUAAAAGACUUAGAACCUAAGGACCUGGAAAACUGUAGUGCUAGUGGUUUGGAGAGUGUCCUGCCAGGAUUUACACACCAGUUCACAAAAAUCUUCCAAGGCUUAAGUUUUGGUGUGUUUGUGAUCCUGCCUGGAAACCUCUACCAUAAAACCAAACUGAAAAGUAACUUGGCCUUUUUCAGUUGCUUUGUUUAAUUAAAUUAAAUUGGUGAAAUAUGAUUUUAUGAAGCUUUUAUGUUUUUUUUCAAUUAAGUGUUCAGGUUCAAACAGAAAACCAUUUAUGGCAUAAGGGUGGAGACAGCAAGGAUCUGGUUCUAGAGAGUGACAGUGUCAGACUACUUCAGAUGUAUAAUGAGCUACAGAAGCAUUAUGUUAAAGAAACCAAAACAAACAAGGAGCAAAGUGAAGCAAUUAAAAAUCUCACUAUUAAAAUUAAUGAGCUAGAGCAUAAUCUUCAAGAGCAGAGGCAAAGAAUUGAGCAGCUGGAAUGUAAAAAGGUUUCUUGGAAAACUAGUGCUGUUUCUAGAAAACGAAGUCAAAUCCCACAGGGAGGAGUAGCUUCUCACAAGGACAUUUCUGCAGAGAAGGAAGCCUGUUGCAGUAGAUAUUUAGAGCUAUUGUUGAAGGAGAUUAAAAAGCUGAAGAAAGAAAAUGGAAAGUUGUCUGCAGAAAAGAGAGCACUAAAAAAUGAAUUAGCUGGAUUAGACAAGGAUUUUUUCGAAGAGGUAGAAGAUCUAAAACAUGCUGUACAGGAAUCUGUGAAACUCAACAAUGAGUAUGAAAAGUGCUUGAAACAAAUCAGUGUAAUGUAUGGACUUCCUUUUACUGCACAUUUGUAACUACUGGGUAAUUUAAUGCCAGGUAGAGUUUCUACAUAUUUUUAAUAAUUACUGCAACAUUUAAACCUACCAUUGCUUAAGUGGUACCAUAGUUUGAUAAUACAGACUCAGUAACGUGAUCUCAUUAUGACAAGUGCUUGGAAAUGUUGUAUUUUGUGUCCUUGAUUUUGUUUGUUUGUAUAUAUAUUUAAAUAAACUGUGAUCUGCAUAACUUCAACUAAGUU